AAAUGUUCGCAACAUACAAAACCUGAACCUCCGAGAGUUGGAAGCUCGCGUGCCAUUUGCUCAGUCAUGGCACCAACAGUAUAAAGACAGUGCCUGGAUAUUUAUUGGAGGUCUGGACUAUGACCUCACUGAGGGAGACAUUAUCUGUCUUUUCUCUCAGUAUGGAGAAGUGGCUAACAUCAAUUUGGUGCGUGACAAGAAAACUGGCAAGAGUAAAGGAUUUGCCUUCCUUUGUUUUGAAAAUCAACUCUCCACUGUUCUUUCUGUAGACAACCUCAAUAGCAUAAAGCUGUGUGGGCGUACCAUCCGUGUGGACCACGUGGAGGAGUACAAGGUGCCCAAGAUGAGAGAAGACAUGGCACCUGAGCAGCAGAAGUUAGCACUGGAAGGCUGUGCCCCACAACCCAUUGCACCUUCACAUAAUACCAGCAUGUCUGCUGAAAUGGAAAUAGAAGGCAGUCCUGAUUGUUCUGACCGCAAGAAACUUAAAAAAAGGAAAGAAGAGAAGCACAAGGACAUAAAAGGUAGAGUCAAGGAGGAGCCAGCAAUGUCUUCUGAUCAAAGCUUCCCUAAAUUGACUGGCAGCGUGGUGGACGGUGUACUGCUGCCUCCCAGACUGCUACCACCCACACUGCUACCAGCUCCAGCCAUCAAAGGAUCAAAAAGCAAGUUGAAAAAGUCUAAAAAGAAGAAGAAAGAUCGCAAAAAACAGAAGAAGAAGAAUAAGGAAAAGAAAAGUAGACGCGACUCAUCAGAUUCUAGUUCCUGCAGCUCGUCAGAAGAGGACGGUCCAACUGCAGCGACCACGACGCAUCAAAGUAAAAAUGCUGAUGCGUCACAACCAGACAUCCGGAUCAAAUCUGAACCUCCUAGUGAUUUUGAAACUGAUUCUAGAUGGAACAACGAAAUCGACCAUCGUGAUCGUUGGAAGAAUUCUUCACAUUUACACAGUGAUCGAAGUAGAGAUCCAUCAAGUUUCAAAAACGAACGAAGUCUAACAAGAGAUUCGCCCUGCAUGAGCGAUGGUCGAAGGAGCAAUAGCCACAGCCUUAGAGAUGAAAGACGAGACGAAAAAAUAUGUGAAAGAAGAGAUGAUAAGUACCGUAGUGGCGUCUCUGAAGGAAGGAACAGAAGAGAUGAAUCUCAAAAAUCCCGGAGGCCCUUCAGUGAUGCCGAGGACGAAGGAAGUAGGUUAAUGCAUAAAAGGCAAAAGGUAAAUUCAGAUUUUUAUGAGAAAAGAGAUUGACAUGGUCCUAGAAAAGAUCACAACAAAGAAGCGUGAACUCAGUGCGUUUUUCACUUGAAUUAUGCUUAUUUUUAAGUAUUACUGUGUGAAUUCUGUUUCAUGAAGCUUCCUGAAUCGGAUUAUGAAUGAUCA